UUGAUGACCAAAUGAAGUUGCUUCAGAACUGCUGGAGUGAGCUCCUGAUCCUCGAUCACAUUUACCGGCAAGUGGUCCAUGGGAAGGAAGGGUCACUCUUACUGAUAACUGGGCAACAAGUUGACUACUCCAGCAUUGCCUCACAAGCUGGAGUCACACUCUCCAACCUCGUCAGUCAUUCCCAGGAGCUCGUGCUUAGGCUUCGGUCCCUGCAGUUUGAUCACCGGGAGUUUGUGUGUCUGAAGUUCCUAGUGCUGUUCAGCUUAGACGUCAAGAAUCUCGAGAACUUCCAGCUGGUGGAAGGCGUCCAGGAACAGGUGAACGCUGCUCUGCUGGACUACACAGUUUGCAACUACCCACAGCAAACGGAGAAGUUUGGACAGCUACUUCUUCGACUUCCAGAAAUCCGAGCAAUCAGCAUGCAGGCAGAAGAGUAUCUCUACUAUAAGCAUCUGAAUGGGGAUGUACCCUACAAUAACCUCCUCAUUGAGAUGCUGCAUGCAAAAAGAGCCUAAGUCACCACUCCUAGAAGCUUGCUCUAGGGACAGAGAGACCGAAGGAAGGCGAGGAGGAGGAGGAAAACAUAAUACUCUGAACUGCUCCAAGCAAUGCAAAUUAUAAACUCGGUUUAAAGACACUAAA